CUACUAUUUUUCAAUACUUGCUCCGUACGUUGUAACGCGUGAACUCUACGCUUAAAAGCCAAAAGAAAUCUCUGCUUCCUCUCUGCUUCUUUCUUAUGUUCUCUGUUUGAGCACCAGCUGAAACAAACUAGAAUUUUGAUGGAUUGCAGUGCUAUUGAACUGAAGGUUAUCUCCUGUAAGGAUCUCAAAGCCUUCAAUUUCUUCCAGAAGCUUUCAGUCUAUGCAGACGUCUCCAUCUUCAAUGAUGAAAUCAAGAAAGAGCAGCAACAGCAAGAACAUCUGCUGCAGCGCCAGAAAACACCAGUCGACAGAGAUGGAGAUGGGAACCCGGAGUGGAAUCAUACGAUGAGCUUCGAUACGAAAGCCAUGUCAUCGCUCGAUGAUCAAUGGGUUCACUGGUAUAUCAAGUUCGACAUGCGCAAUGAUGGUGCAGUUUUGGGGAAGAGCCUUGGCAAAGUGCAGGUACCUUUGAAAGAGUUGAUCGAGGAGUUCAAUGGAGCAGUCAGGUUUAUGAGCUAUCAAGUCAAGACUGGUGAUGGGAAGUCUAAUGGGGUCUUAGAUUUUUCUUACCAUGUAAUUGGGAAGAAGAGCACCAACAACAAUGGAAUUCCUGAUUCCGUAGUAUCCGAAAAAACCAAUGUUCCUGAUCCUGCUGGUAAAGUCCAGGUUCAAUCUCUUUACCCCACUUUAGAAGUAGAAUCCCUGUCCCGGGAUCUGUUCUAUCCUUCAUUAGCUGAGGUUUCCAGUCCCGUACCAAAAAUUCCAGUCCCUUCUCCAAAGCUUAGCACUCAAUUUUCGCUUCCUUCUCAUCAUCAUCAUCAUCAUCAUCAUCCUCCAUGUCAAGCAUUCUCGCCAUUUGUUCAACCUCCGAGGAUGUACUGGCAUCCAUCAGAGUUCACAAAUCAUGGUUGCAAUUUCUGUAGCAACCCUGCCGGGUUAGGACAAGUUGGGAUGGUGGAUUAUAAGGGUCCAUGGAGGACUAAUUUUCCAGGGAAUAGAAGUGAUCUUCUUCAAGCUCCAGAUCCGGAAACUACUACCAAUGGCAGAUGCUAUUGAGCUUUGCUCGUGUAGGUUUAGCUGGGUUGUAUUAUUGUAUUACUGUAUUAGCACUUUAUGAUUAUACAGCUAUAUAACAUGUGCUAAAUCUUCAUACUCCUAUAAGAAAAUAUGCCUGCUUUCAUGUGCAA